AUGAAUGGCAAUGGCCACAUCCCACAAUCCCUGCACCGAGCAUCGUCGUUUGGAACCAAUGCGGUGGUCCGAGCUACCGAGGGAUGGCUCGAGUUGUUCCUAACGCCCCACGAGAAACUCACGUUUAGUCAGUGGAAAGAGAAGAUCAAGGACAAGUCGUUGACCAAGCACUUGACGAGUCCUCUCUUUGAAUACUUGGCGUACAAGUACAUUCCCGACACGGUGGCUCCGAAUGUGGUGACGCUCUCUGGAUUUUUGAUACUGGGCCAUGGCUGGUAUCUGACCAAUCUCUAUGGCGAUUACUAUCCCACGUCCUGCACGUGGGUGGCCGUCCUUUCCAUUGUGCUAUUUUUUGCCACAACCUCUAUGGAAGGAUUUCAUACCGAUCGCAUUCGACAACGCACGCCGCUUGGAGAACUCUUCAAAUACAGCUGCGAUUCCUGCGCCACGGUUUUCUUGGUCUUGUUGACUACCUAUUGUUUGGGAGGAACAUCGAUAGAAACACAGUGGAAUGCCGUACAAGCCUCGCAAUUGAUUUUGUUUUACAAACAUUUAUCGGCGUUUCAUCGAAACGCUGGAUUGCGAUACAACGUCUUCACAGGACCCGGUGAUGUCAUUGUGGUGUGCAUCUGUCUGCUCUCCAUUCGAGGAACACUGGGACUCGAUUGGGUAUUGACUGUCUAUGAGAGCACGGUGCGCAAUUUUAUACGACACCUCAUCAAUGUGGGACGCGCCAAGGAAGAAAAAAUGGAAAAGUACCUCGACAAUCCCAGGCAGGUCGCCAGUGAAAUUGUACAGGCGUUCUAUUACGCCAUGUACGUGCUGGCCGUGACCAAAACACUAUUGUUGAGGUCUCCGCAUGGAUGGAGUCGUUUUGGCCUCAGCAGCAGUCUCCUCAUGAGAAUUGUUCCCGCCAUUCUCAUUCACUUUGGCUUGGAAGGUGAAACCAAGGUGGUCGAUGUUGUUUGUGACGGGUUCUUCAUGGCCGUGCUGACCAGUGAUGUGACGUUGGCCAAAAUGGCAGGACGAGAAAUUCAUCCCUGGGUCGUCUUGAUGAGUAUGGCUGCCGUGCUGAGUCAUACCACGAUUUUGGCAUUGGUCUUUGUAUACUAUAUUGCUGUCUUUGCGGAUCUGUGCUUCUACAUGAACAUGCCGCUCUUUAGUACUUGUCGAAAUGUCUACUGCGACGGUGUCUACGACCUUUGUCAUGUGGGGCACAAGGUUCUCUUUCAAAACGCACUGGCGUAUGGUAAUCGGUUGUAUGUGGGAGUUGUGGGCGAUGAAGAUGCCAACAAUUACAAACGACCACCCAUCAUGACCCAUGCCGAACGAUGUGCCGAAGUCCAAGGAUGCAAAGCAGUGACCAAAGUCAUCCCCAAUGCGCCAUGUUUCGGAUUGACCGAAGAGUUUCUGGAACUGCAUCAAAUUCACGUCGUGGCAUUUGGGGAGGAAUAUUUGGAUCGCUAUCCAGAUCCCAAAGAUGAUCCCUACUACCGCGUUCCACGCGAAAUGGGUAUUGCAAAACCCUUGCCGAGGACCAAGGGUUUGUCCACGAGUGAUUUGAUUCGGCGUAUUCAGAAAGCACAGCCCAGUGAUGAAAAGAAGAGUCCCACGUAA